CGACGGACGUUACCGUCGAAGCAAAGUUGAUAUAGCGUACUCGCGAGCGAAAUCUUUAAUUUUGAUAGAACGACCUUUACGAGAGGGACGCGCGAAGCGCUUGCCACGGGCACAGAGUCUCAGUCGGGGAACGUGUUUAUUUCGACGUCGAGAAGCAAGGCCUCAGGAUGGGUGUGCCGAAAUUCUUCCGAUACAUAAGCGAGAGAUACCCCUGCCUCAGCGAGGUCGUGAAGGAACAUCAGAUACCGGAAUUUGAUUAUUUAUAUUUGGACAUGAACGGUAUCAUACAUACAUGUUCCCAUCCGAACGACGACGUCUGCUUCCGCAUCACCGAGGAGAUGAUUUUUAAGAAUAUAUUUCACUACAUAGAGGUGCUAUUCAACAUGAUCCGCCCGCAAAAGUUGUUCUUCAUGGCGAUCGACGGCGUCGCGCCUAGAGCCAAGAUAAAUCAGCAGAGGGGCCGGCGUUUCAGAGCCGCCAAGGAUGUCGAGGUGCAAGAGGCUAGAGCCAAGUCCAAGGGUAUCCCGAUACCCACCGAGAAGAGAUUCGACUCAAAUUGCAUAACCCCGGGAACGCUCUUUAUGGCUAAACUGGGCGAGCAGCUCAAACAUUUUGUCGAACAUAAGAUUUCCACUGAUGAUGCAUGGAAAAAGUGUAGGAUACUGUUCAGCGGGUCUGAGGUCCCCGGAGAGGGAGAGCAUAAAAUUAUGGAUUACAUAAGGUACAUGAAGGCGAGCAAGGAUUACGACUGUAACUCUAGGCAUUGUUUAUACGGUUUGGAUGCCGAUUUAAUAAUGUUGGGUCUCUGUUCACACGAGCCAAACUUCUCUCUUUUGAGAGAGGAAGUCAAGUUUGGUAAGCAGCAAGUGAAAAUGACCCCCGAGGAGACAAAGUUUUGCCUUCUUCACUUGUCGCUUUUGCGAGAGUACAUAGAGCACGAGUUUUCGUCGCUCAAGGAUAAGCUAUCCUUCACAUUUGAUAUCGAGAAAAUAAUCGAUGACUGGGUUUUGAUGGGUUUUCUGGUAGGAAACGAUUUUAUUCCCCACCUGCCAAAUUUACACAUUGCCAACGGUGCACUGCCAAUUCUGUACCGUGCAUACAUGGAAGUAUUACCAACUCUAGAAGGUUACAUAAAUGAAGCGGGAACAUUACAACUCGACCGUUUUGAAAAGUUUAUGGAGAAACUUAGUCGUUUAGACGUAGAACAGUUUAACGAGCAUUACGCCGAUAUAAAGUUUUUUGAAAAUAAAACAGGUAGAAGGCCCAAUGAAUCUGAACGUCAUGUAUAUAAAAAAUCAGACGACAGCGAGAACGCAUCUCCAAAGAAAACGCAAAAUAAAGAUUUAGAUGCUCUUAUUAAAAGUACUACGGAGAUGUCCUUAGGUAAUUUUGACGAUGAUGAUGAUGUCUUUAUAGAGUAUAGAGAUAAUAUGGAUUUAAUAAUAGAUGAUGAAUCCGAUAGUGAUAUAUACAAUAUGGAAUUUGUACAACAUAAGAAAGAUUACUAUAUGAACAAGUUAGAAUAUGAGAACGUUGACGAAGAAGUUUUACGUUCGCAGGCUGAGGGCUAUGUGAGGGCGAUACAGUGGAAUUUGCAUUAUUAUUAUCACGGCUGUUGCAGCUGGUCGUGGUAUUAUCCGCAUCAUUACGCCCCGUAUAUUUCAGAUAUAAAAGACUUCAAGGAUUUGAAGUUAGAAUUCGAGUUGGGAGAGCCGUUUUUACCUUUUCAACAAUUACUAGCUGUGUUACCGGCAUUUAGCAAAGAACUGUUGCCAGAAGCAUUUCAAUCGCUAUUGACAGAGGAUUCUUCUCCCAUUAUCAAUUAUUAUCCACAUAAUUUUAAAACUGAUCUAAAUGGAAAACGUCAGGAAUGGGAAGCAGUUGUACUUAUCCCAUUCAUUGAUGAAAAACUGUUGUUGGCUGCUAUGCAGCCACACUUAUCGAGAUUGUCGACGGAAGAACAAGCAAGGAACAAACAUGGGCCGAUGUGUUCGUACUCGUAUACUGACGAGAUCCGAAGUGUUCAUAAAGCAACCGUAUACUUUCCAGAAUUUGUCAGUCACGCUGAAGUAAAAUUAAUGAAUCGCGAUGACAUUUUUGUUCCGAGAGAACAGUUGAUUCGCGGAUUGUCCCCAGGUUUUGAUCUCGACGUUUAUUAUCCAGGAUUUCCUAUACUACGGCACUUGAAUUAUACAGCGCAUUUGGACAAAGCGAAGGUCAAAGUAUUUCAACAACCUUCAGUCGGGGAAAAUAUGAUUUUAAGCAUAAUAUCGAAACCAACACCAAGUUUGACAACUUUAGCGUCGGAGCUAUUAGGAAAGAGCGUAUAUGUGGAAUGGCCGCAUUUGAAGGAGGCCCUCGUAAUUGGCGUAGCUGACUGCAACGUGAAAUUCAGUUUAAUCAAUCAGUUAGACGGUUACAGUGACGCUAAUCUAAAGAAAGAAGAGGUAAAGACCGCGUUAGCCGCGGAAUGGAAGACGCACAAAAAACAAAUCAAAGAAAUACAUAUGUCACGUCUUGGGAUAGAUAUUGGCAAUACGGAUGUGUUGCUUUUUACUCGCUCAUUUCUGGGUAGCAAAUAUAUUUUUGGUGGUCAGGGAAAAGUUACAAUCGAGAAACAGUGGAACGAUUAUCCUGCGGUUUACGCUUAUCAGACUGUAGUCAGAGAUAUCUCCGUCUACAGCAAAAAAUUGACAGUUUACGAAACUAUGCAUGAUAUUUUUAUACCAGGAACCUUUUGUUUUAUGUUGGGACGUCCUUAUUACGGUGCGAUGGGAGAGGUUAUACAAAAUAAGGAUAUUUCAAAGUCGCGCAGAAUCAAAAUUUCUAUAAAAUCCGUAAAGGAGCCAACAUUCGACGCCAUUAAACAAGCCUACACGCAACAGAAGACGCGAUAUAUGCACGGCAGUAUUGCCGCGCAACGUCUUGGAAUAAGUAGUCAUCUUUUAAGCAGAAUCACUGGGACAAUUUACGUCAUACAACCAAUGAAGGAGGAACUUACAAAAUAUAACCUCGGGUUGAACUUAAAGUUCAAUAAAAGAAAUGAAGAGGUGCCUGGUUAUACCAGAAAGGAGAACAGCCAAUGGUUGUAUAGCACAAAAGCGAUCGAACUGAUUCGAAAUUAUAUGACGAAAUGUCCUAUCUUGUUCGAACGUUUGGCCCACAAUGUGACGAACGACAUUUUCCAAGAGGGAGACCUCUUCAAUACGGGAUCGGAUGAGCUGAAAGAUACAGUUGCGUGGCUGAAAACAGAACUGCAAGGUUUGGACAGUCGCGUUUGCGGGAUGGACGUCAUCGAAACGGACCUGAUAAAACAGAUCGAAGAGGAAGUAGAUAAAUGCUUGAAGACUGAGGAGACCACGGCGAAAACAGUUUUUCUGCAAGUGAAGCCGCAGUUACUUUACAAGCCGGGUUUAAAUUUGCGUAACGUGCCGCCCGAUCCAAACUCCCAAAAUCGUUUGUUCGAUAGAAUUCGCUGUAUCAGAAGCGGCUUUAGCGUACCGCUCGGAGCUAAAGGCACUAUCAUAGGGAUACGAAAGGGGAACACUCCGCUUGACACCAUGUACGACGUUGUGUUCGAUAAGCCUUUCAUGGGCGGACUUACGCUAAACGGUUGCUCUCAAUUUCGCGGUUAUCGCUUGACAGCUACGGACUUCAUAAAUAUUAGUUUCGGCGAGAGAACGGAGCACGGAAAUCCGAAUGAAUUGAUGGAAUGUCGAAAGCAAACAGCGAAUUCCGCUUCUCCCAGCAAGAACGAUCAAUCGUCGAAGGUACCGUACCCGCCAAUGCAGCUCGCUAAGAAGGGCCUUGAGAAAUUAAAUCGUGAGAUUUGUUUGGGUAUGGCGCAACACGGCAUGAUAGAAUUGAGUCCGAAAACAAUACCGUGUAAAGUAUUACAACAUCCUCAAAACGCGCCACCUAAUCCUAAUCAAGCAUCCGAGUUUCAAGCGUUAUGGAACGAAUUGCAUAAGAUACAGAAGCCGAAUGGACCGCCGGAGAAAGUAGCAUCCAGUCCAAUGACGAAAGUCAAGCCAUUUAGCAAUAAUAUGCAAUCGCCGCAAGAUCCUAGCGCGUUUUUGAAAGCUGUGUUGAAGAUUCCUGACGUAAAUCCGCAAACGAGUAAGCAAGAAAGUAAACAAUCUACGCCUCAACCAGCGGGGACGCUUCAGAAAGCGACAGUUUCACAGAAAGCUGAAACUUUGAAUCCUCCACCUUUGGUACAACAGUUGUUCGAUCACGCUCGACGAACCGAACAGAAAAAGGAGAAAGUAAAUCCGGUCUGGUAUAGCUCGCAACUGUUAAGACAUUUUUCGUAUAACGGAGCUGGCAUACCGAAAUAUAAUUAUAUUGUCGACGAGAAGACAGGUUUAAUUAGCGCCCACGUUAUGUUGGAAAAUGCAAAGGUUUUUAAAGGAGAUCCUUGCACCACUCACGAGCAAGCCGCAGAAAGCGCUGCAAAAAAAGCAUACAAGGCGUUAAAUUUUAAUAAGGCGUCAAUGCACGAUACGAAAAUAGUGAUGACGCCUCAAUGGUUUAAUACUCAACAAAAUAACUGGAUCCAAAAUAUCCGGCCUCCUAUGAUGGCUCCUAUGGGUCCUCUGAAAAUGCCGCCAGUCCCGCAGACUCUGCCUAUGCAGCCUAACUUAUUUUAUCCGAAAUGGAAUCCAAAAAUGCCACCGAAUCCAGCGUUCGGACAAGUCGCAUCGUAUAGUCAAGUCAUGCAGCAGCAAGUGAGACAUCAAGGGCAACAGAAAGGUCCUCAGAACGGACCGAAGAUGGAGAUCAGGAAUAGUACCGCGUUCGUUCCGUUACAAGCUCAGAAAAAGAGUAGAAACGCCAGCGUACAACAAGCCUCGAGAGAGCCGAAUCCGAAUACUAAGAAGAGCUCCAGUCCUAAAGCGCAGCAGCAACAGCAGCAAAAACAGCAGCAGAAACAAGAGGAAACGUUGCCCAAGAAACAGAAGCCGGAAGUUGUAAAUAAAGCCAGGGAGAAGACGUCGAGCGAACCGCAGAAACAACAAUCGCAACAACCGCAACAAAAUGCGGGAAAAUCGUCCAAACCCAGGAAAUCACGCGUCGCCGCGAAAUUCGGCGCACCACCCUUAUCGAACGGUGGUGAACCCCCCCAGUGAAAAUUCUGUUUUAUCCUUUGGAUGGGGUAGAUCUUUGCAAAUUAUAUGUAAAUAUAAGAUAAUUAUAUCGAUCCAUCCUUUCCCCGCCAUCCGUUCGUUUUCUACAUUUUUAUAAUAAAACCAAGCAGACCUUUUACUCCGAAAUUUCCAACGGGCCAGUACAUAUUUCAUUUCAAAGGCUUUAUAUUGCACCCAUUUUUCGCAUUUACAUACGAUCGCAUGUCUGUGCACCAAAUAAUACUUAGAGAUUCUUUCAAGUCAAAUGUAUAUACACGCUGAACUUACAUACGUAACGUAUAAUAUAAAGAAUAUAAGUGAGAAUGGUUUUAUUUUGUAUCGAAUGACUGAUUUUAUAUUUUUUGUUUUAUUUUACAAUGCAUCGGUGUGUCAUUUAUACUAAUAACUUUUUAUUUCUUGAUUUCGCGAUAUUCCAUCAAGACAAAUAAGUAAUUUUUUAAUUGUAAGAGGGUUGAAAAUUAUUUAUCCAAAUUAUUUUAGGAUAUUUAAUAAUAUGUACACACAAAAUUGGAAGUAGAACUAAAUCAUGAAGAUUUUGGUAGAUAUAUUAGGAGCUUUCCAUUUACAUCAAAACUCAGCUAAUUCUCAAUUGUGACGUCGUUCUAUCCUUUUUGGGAAUUAAUGAAUAAUAAAGACAGAAUGACAUCACAAGUGAGAAUUAUCUGAGUUUUCAUGUAAAUGGAAAGCAACUAAUAUUUAUGAUCUUUUUUUGUUUAUAACAUAUUUUACUUUUUAUUGUAAACAUUGUAAAGUAUAUCGCGUGUGUGCGUAACGAUCAGUUUGUACUGUUAUUUACAUUAUUAGAAAUGGAUUAGAAGGAAUAUAUCACUUUUUCUUUUAUCUUUCGAAGAGUAUUUCAGUUCCUAGUAUAACAUUGGACAAAAGUAGAUUAAUUUUAUUACUUAAUGCAUCACGAUUCUUAGAAGACUGUGAGAAACUGAUUUUUAUUGCAACAUAUUCGCCAAUUUACAUAUAAGCAUAAUUAAUAUGAGGCAACAUUAAAUGUGUUAUAUAUAUGUAAGACAUUGAAGAAAGUGAUAUCGAUUAAGUCUCUAAGUAGAAACAUAUCUUCGAUGAAUUUUUCUGUUCCUCUUUUCUGUACUAUAAACAGCGAAACAAAAAUCAAAAUUAAACAGAAACAUGAACUCAACAAGAUGUUUCAAUUUUAUUAUACAAUAAAGAAAGCACAGUAUAAUUGCCAAAUA